CUACCAUCGAGAGCAGCUUCCGGCGUCGCUGGUGUAGGUGGGUGAAGAAGGAGCGGGCCCUCCCCGCUCUGUCUUAGUUCCUUACGCUCUCUCGGGCAACAUGGCGGGUGUGGAGGAGGCAGCGUCCUGCGGGAGCCACCUGAAUGGCGACCUGGAUCCAGACGACAGGGAGGAGGGAGCUGCCUCUACGGCUGAGGAGGCGGCCAAGAAAAAAAGACGGAAGAAGAAGAAGAGUAAAGGAGCUGCCACAGCAGAACAACAGGAACCUGAUAAAGAAUCAGGAGCCUCGGUUGAUGAGGUAGCAAGACAGUUGGAAAGACAAGCGUUGGAAGAGAAAGAAAGAGUUGAUGACGAUGAAGAUGGAGAUGGUGAUGGAGAUGGAGCAACUGGAAAGAAGAAGAAAAAGAAGAAGAAGAAGAGAGGACCAAAAGUUCAAACAGACCCUCCCUCAGUUCCAAUAUGUGACCUGUAUCCUAAUGGUGUAUUUCCCAAAGGACAAGAAUGCGAGUACCCACCCACACAAGAUGGGCGAACAGCUGCUUGGAGAACUACAAGUGAAGAAAAGAAAGCAUUAGAUCAAGCUAGUGAAGAGAUUUGGAACGAUUUUCGAGAAGCUGCAGAAGCACAUCGACAAGUUAGAAAAUAUGUCAUGAGCUGGAUCAAGCCUGGGAUGACAAUGAUAGAAAUCUGUGAAAAGUUGGAAGACUGUUCACGGAAAUUAAUAAAAGAGAAUGGAUUAAAUGCAGGCCUGGCAUUUCCUACUGGGUGUUCUCUGAAUAACUGUGCUGCCCAUUAUACUCCCAACGCUGGUGACACAACAGUAUUACAGUAUGAUGACAUCUGUAAGAUAGACUUUGGAACACAUAUAAGUGGUAGGAUUAUUGACUGUGCUUUUACUGUCACUUUUAAUCCCAAAUAUGAUACAUUAUUAAAAGCUGUAAAAGACGCCACUAACACUGGAAUAAAGUGUGCUGGAAUCGAUGUCCGUCUGUGUGAUGUUGGUGAGGCCAUCCAAGAAGUUAUGGAAUCCUACGAAGUUGAAAUAGAUGGGAAGACGUAUCAAGUGAAACCAAUCCGUAAUCUAAAUGGCCAUUCAAUUGGGCCAUAUAGAAUACAUGCUGGGAAAACAGUGCCCAUUGUGAAAGGAGGAGAGGCAACAAGAAUGGAGGAAGGAGAGGUAUAUGCCAUUGAAACCUUUGGUAGCACAGGAAAAGGCGUGGUUCAUGAUGAUAUGGAAUGUUCACAUUACAUGAAAAAUUUUGAUGUUGGACACGUGCCAAUAAGGCUUCCAAGAACAAAACACUUGUUAAAUGUCAUCAACGAAAACUUUGGCACCCUUGCCUUCUGCCGCAGAUGGCUGGAUCGUUUGGGAGAAAGUAAAUACUUGAUGGCUCUGAAGAAUCUGUGUGACUUGGGUAUUGUAGAUCCAUAUCCACCAUUAUGUGACAUUAAAGGAUCAUAUACAGCGCAGUUUGAACAUACCAUACUUUUGCGUCCAACAUGUAAAGAAGUUGUCAGCAGAGGAGAUGACUAUUAAACUUAGUCCAGAGCCACCGCAACACCUUUUAUUUUCUAAGCUUUGUUGGAAUACAUUAUACCAGAAUUAAUUUGCAACCUGUUGUCUGUUUAACAGUGGACCUAUGUAAUACUUUUAUCCAUGUUUAAAAAGGAAGGAAUUUGAUAAAAGGCAAACCAUUUAGUGUAAUUAACCAAGGAAAAAGCUUUCAGGACUUUGAAAUGUUAACUGUUUUCCUUCUGUCUAGGAAAUGCUAUAAAGCUCCAAUUAAUUAGGAAUGACCUAAUACAUUUUGUUUCAAACACCUAAGAGAUGCUUUUCAGAUAUUUAUAUUGCCAUAUUCUUAAUUGAAUGCUUUGAAUGACUACAUCCAGUUCUGCACCUAUACUCUCUGGUAUUGCUUUUUAACCUUCCUGGAAUCCAUUUUCUAAAAAAUAAAGACAUUUUCAGAUCU